AUGCCCUACAAAGUUAUUCCACAAAUAUUUUUUACCAUUUUUCGAAUUACAGAGCUUAUGUCAGCACUAGCAAUUGAACGAGCUGUUGCUAUUGAUUCAGUCUUAAGGGCAAGCAAAAUUUGGCAAAAAGUUUUUCAAAACCUUGCGAUGAGUGAUACUGUUAUUAAGAAGGAUAGAUCACCUGUUACGGUUGCUGAUUUUAGUGCUCAAGCAGUGAUAAGCAAAAUUUUAUAUGAAUAUUUUCCAAAUGAUCCUAUUGAUAACGGAAAAGAACUGAGAAAUAAAGUCUUAUCAUUGGCUAACACUGUACUAGAUACUCCCUUGAAUGAUAAUGAGGCUGUUUUUGUUCUUUAUUUUAUGAUAUGUCCUGUAUUUGGGCAGGUCGCUACUAAAACUGAAACUUCAAAUGCUGUAACUACUUCAAUUUGUAAUAGCCCAAAAGUGAAUACUUGCAAUUUUUAUAAAGAAUGUUUGGAAAAUAAAUUUCAUUGUGGAACUAAUGGAUAUCCAAUUCAAUAUGGAGACAAAAAUUGCAACAAAUUUUUGAAUGCCUUGAAUCAGUUUAGCGACCCUGGAAAAAAAUGGGUACUUACAAACAAUUGA